ACCCGACUUGGCGAUUAGACAUAAGAGACCUGUCGACGUAGGAAGACCAGAGACGCGAGCCUUUGUUUAGCUUUUUUAAUGGCGUACUCUGAUUGAUAUUCUAAUUCUGAUUUUGGUUUUGAGACGAAUAGGCAUCUUCUUCACCAUGGCUCCGAGGACGUUGAUUCUUCACCGGUUGACGGCGCACUUUGCCGGUCGAAUCAGGCAGAACCAGAGGCUUCUCAGCUCUCAUUUUUAUUCCUCCACGGCGUUGGAAGAAGCCCCUUCCUCUUCUUCUUCUUCCUCCUCGCCGAACUUGGACGGCGUUUACAUGACGGACACUUGUGUUCAGAAAAUGAAACAACUGCAAGCCAGUGAAGCACAGGAAAAGCUGCUCCGCUUGAGUGUAGAAACAGGUGGAUGUUCUGGGUUCCAAUAUGUUUUUGAUCUGGUGGAUGACAAAACCAAUCCAGAUGACAGGGUGUUCGAGAAAGAAGGAGUAAAAUUGGUAGUCGACAAUAUUUCAUAUGAUUUUUUGAAAGGGGCAACCGUUGAUUAUGUUGAGGAGCUGAUCCGUUCUGCUUUCCAAGUGACAGAAAAUCCAAGUGCAGUGCAGGGUUGCAGUUGUAAAAGUUCUUUCAUGGUGAAAUUAUAGACUUGUAUUGUUAUGCUGAGAGGGCUGAACUAGAUUCAGCUCAAAUCAAUUUUUGAAUAAUGAUUAUUUGACUUCACUGAGUUCUUGACAUAUCAAGUGAUUGUAUCCACAUGUCAUAAAAAUAGUUUACCACUACAACGGUAGCUCCCAACGUUUAAUUUGUAUCUGACCACCACAGAGUCCCAACUUUGGAUUAAUCUAUACAACAACUAGAAUCAGUUAUUCUUUUUUCA